AUAAGAUCUUCAGCUUAUAUAUAGAUGAACUAAUCAAUUAUCUUACAGAGGACAUUAAGAGGGAAACUAGAAAACGUGAAAGUAUGGAGAGGACACCUUCACUUAUAUUCCAUGUUAGCUUGCUUAUUAUAUUCGUCGCAGUUGUGAAUCAGACAAGAGCAGAUUCAUGCAACGACAGCUUAGGCACAUGCACUUACGAGGGGGUGCCACCUUCACCCCCUUCACCCCUUUCACCCCUCAAAGUUUGCAUCGGUGUAGUUAAAAGAAUGUGCAGUUAUGUUUGUCCUGAGAAAUGUUGUGAUGCGAACUGUGCACAAAAAUAUAAAGGUGGGCGUGGAUUUUGUAAUCCCUUUGGUAAUAUUAUUUUGUGCCAAUGUCAGUACCCUUGCUAAAACUGGUUGAAAUUUUUUGG